GUAAAGAAAAAUUCUCCCUAGUUCGGAGUAAGGUGUCCCAUGGCAGCGUCCAACAUGGCGACGGGUGGAAAAAAGAAGAAACAUGGCAAAGAAACCCGGACACAAAACGAGGAAGAACGCCUUGAACAGCAGCAUUUCUUCCGAGUCAUCAGCGCCUUCCGACACUACAGAACACACUCCAUGCAGCGCCUUGACAAAGCGGAGAAAUGUUUUCGCCAGCUGCCCCUGUACCAACAGAAGCUGCUGCCCAAUCACCUGGCUCACCUGGGAGAGCUCAGAGCAUGUGUGGACCAGAACUACGACUUUCUGCUCAACAUCAUCAAGAUGACAGAGAACAUGUUUGAGAACAAAGAUUACACAGGAAAUGGAGAUGUGUACUCAGACAAUGCAGACGUCAUGUUGUCAGAAAGCGCCCUCCCGUUUCCCCGGGAGUUUGACAUGGACAAGGUGAAGACCACACUGAAGCAGUUUGUGCGUGAUUGGAGCGCGGAGGGGAAGGUGGAGAGGGACGCCUGUUAUAAACCAAUCAUAGAGGAGAUACAGCAGAGGUUCCCUGCAGAGCAGUGUGAUCCAUGGGACUUGUCCAUCCUGGUGCCUGGUGCCGGACUAGGCAGGCUAGCCUGGGAGCUGGCCAGGUUAGGCUACCAGUGUCAGGGAAACGAGUGGAGCUUCUUCAUGCUGUUUGCCUCCAACUACAUCCUAAACAAGUGUGAAGGUAUCAACUCCAUCACACUCCAUCCAUGGAUUCACCAGUUCUGCAACAACCGGACAUCACGUGACCAGGCCCGCGCUGUCGCCAUCCCAGACAUCGACCCCCACAGUUUACCACAGGUCGGCAACUUCUCAAUGACUGCUGGGGAUUUUUUGGAGGUCUACAAGGAACAGGAGACGUGGGACUGCGUGGCAACUUGUUAUUUCAUAGACACUGCCCACAACAUUGUGUCUUAUGUGGAAACAAUACACAACAUCCUCAAGCCUGGAGGUUACUGGAUCAACCUUGGUCCGUUGUUGUACCAUUUUGCUGAUAUGGUGAACGAAGCUUCCAUAGAGUUGAGUUAUGAAGACCUCAGGAGCGUGAUUCUGGAGUUUGGCUUCGAAAUACUGAAAGAAGACACCAAAAAGCCUACAAUGUACAUACAGAACACUAAGUCCAUGCUGCAAUAUGAAUAUGACUGUGUUUAUUUUGUUGCCAGAAAACCUCUGGAAGUUGCCAACAAUCACACAAAUCACUCCCAAGCAGUAUAACAGAUACAUUACAUGUAAAUAAAAUGAUUUAGUAAAUUUUGCUUGAUAGACAUGUAUAUUAACUGCCUACAAGUGCAUUAAUAUAAUAGAGUUACUCACUGCCUUUAUCAAUGAAGGAGGGAGGUGCUGAUUGCCACUUAGGUGCCCCAAUUGGCAUUAGAUUAGCUUAAGUUUACACAUUUAUGUUUAAGCAGCAAAUUUUAAAAUAUUGUUAUCGUGGUAUUCCCUUCUUUGAGCUGUUAACAUCCAAUAUCAGGUGUUUGAGAGUGUCAAAAGAUCUUAAAAUGUCCAAAACACAUGAGCUACAAUUCACUAAAAUGCAAAUAGUGACCUUUGUAGAAAAUAGCAAAUUUCAGCACUUGCGUUUUCAUAAUCGACGAACUUACUCGCCAAAGUUAGAAUAUGAACAACACAAUUAUGAUUGUACAUUUGGAAUGGGUUUUUGUUGUUGUUGUUGUAGGUUUUUUAAGAGUUGGGAAUUGAGUGCUAUUAUGUUGCAUUACAUUUUACAGUUAACCAAGGCGGGGCUGUCUCCAGCUUUAAAGUCUUUACUGUCCCACUCAUUGUUUGGAGCUCAUGUUA